GUAAGAAGCACGCGAAGCAGGGGAUCAUUACUUCCUUCCGCACGGCCACGGAAACUUCCGGCCAGACGACGGAACCUGCGAGUCAAGAGACGGAGAGAGAGAGAGAGAGACAAUUUCAGUUUAGCAAAAUAAAUCAGGAAUAAUUAGAAUUAUUAGAAAUUAGAAAUCGCGAUCAGAUCUCUGUCUUCUCGAGAGCUUCACAGGCGUAUUGCAAUUUGCAGAGAGAGCGAGAGAGGAGUGAGAAACCAGUUGUUCGACUCUGAUUGGCGGGAAAUCGAAACCCUAGAAAGAGAGAUGGGGGUUCCGGAGAAUACGAAGGGGUUGAUACUGGCGAUGGCGUCGAGUGCGUUCAUCGGCGCGAGCUUCAUCCUGAAAAAGAAGGGUCUCAAGCGCGCCGGGGCCGCCGGCACCCGAGCAGGAGUUGGUGGAUAUACAUACUUAUUAGAACCACUCUGGUGGGCUGGCAUGAUCACUAUGAUUGUUGGGGAAGUUGCCAAUUUCGUGGCCUAUGUAUAUGCUCCGGCAGUUCUUGUAACCCCACUUGGUGCACUGAGUAUAAUUGUCAGUGCUGUUUUGGCUCACUUCUUGUUGAAGGAACGAAUAACGAAAAUGGGUAUCGUGGGAUGUGUUACCUGCAUUGUGGGAUCAGUCGUGAUCGUGAUCCAUGCACCUCAGGAACAUACUCUAAAUUCUGUAGAGGAAAUCUGGGUCCUGGCUACCCAAACAGCCUUUCUGGUUUAUGUUGUAGCUACAAUUUCCCUGGUGUUAGUUUUGGUCUUGCAUUUUGAACCACAAUAUGGGCAAACAAAUCUACUAGUCUACUUGGGAAUCUGUUCCUUGAUGGGUUCACUUACGGCUUGGCUGUGUACCUCUGUUGUGCUACUUCAGGUUGUAAGCAUAAAGGCAAUUGGAAUUGCAGUAAAGCUAACUCUUGAGGGAGUAAGUCAGAUUGCUUAUCCUCAGACGUGGUUUUUUCUGACAGUUGCUAUAAUCUGUGUUGUUACACAGUUAAAUUAUCUUAACAAGGCUUUGGAUACAUUCAAUGCAGCAAUUGUUGCCCCAGUAUAUUAUGUGAUGUUUACAACUCUGACCAUAAUUGCUAGCGUAAUAAUGUUCAAGGAUUGGUCUGGUCAGAAUGUAAGCAGCAUAGCCUCUGAAAUAUGUGGAUUCAUUACUGUGCUGUCAGGAACCAUCAUACUCCAUGCAACAAGAGAUCAGGAACCAUCUGCUCCACAACCACAAGGAACUGUUACAUGGUACAUUAGAGGAGAUUCAGUGAAGAGUUCUGAAGAUGAACGUUUGCUCACUUUACAGAAUUCAGAUUAUCCAGAACCGUGAUGCCAAUUUUAAUCUGAAACAAUCAUCUUGAAGAAUGCAAUCCCAAGCGAUGAAGCUGCACUGCAACUAUCAUUUUGAGUAGGAGUGAGUCUAUGGGCAUCCAGCACAUUGCUACCCAUUUUACCCUUACUCUUUAAUAAGUUGGUCCCCCUCUCCCCUCCCUUCACUAUCCCCUUUCGUCUCCUCACCUUUCCUCCCCUUUCCUCACAUCCCCUCAAUCCCAUGGCUGGCCUGUUUUAUAAUUUCUUUUCUUUAGCAAUGUGCUGGGUGCCAAUAGAGCCACCCUUUAAAGAGUGUGUGUAUAGUAGGGAGCUCCUAGUUUGUCCGAGGCAGACCUUGUGGAUAGUAGCAGAUUGCGGAGUUAAUUUUAUGCACUUCACCGGCCAGCAGAUGAGACCCUCAGCCGGACACUCAAACAAAGUUAAUUUUGUGUGGUGUGUUUCUGGAACCCUCUGAAUGCUAAGUUCCGAAUCAUCCUCGGCUCUGGAAUGGGGUUGCAGUUCUGUAUCAAUACCAGGGGAUGAAGAGACUUCUUGUCAUUGUGGCGAUGUCCUAUCUCUCCGUGAUGGCUAAUUGCAUCUGUAUAUAUUGAUGCUCGGUUUCUGAUUCACUAGUUUUUCGUUUAUGAUUCUCGUUGAUAUCCAGAUUGAGUUUGAUUCUUUCCUCUAUUUCUAGUGUGUAUAAUACCGGCAUUGAAAGAUGAUAGAAUGGAGCUGCUAGGCACAGUUGCCAUGUAAUGGGCAAAUACAUGGAAUCUGUAAAUCUUGCAUAAACUCUUGAAAUUUUGGGUUUUGUUGUUGAUGAAUGAUGAGUUCGAUUGGGAUCUUCAA